ACAACAAAUCGGUUGAACCCUAGAAGGAAAAUAAAAAAACACAUCUGGGCGCAAGAGGGCCUGUUCUUGUUCUUUAUUCUCGCAUCCGGGGAAUAUACGCACAACAUAGUGUGCCAAAACCUUUCCGUCGAAAACCUAAGGUCCAGAAGCUUCGUUGUAGUGAGAGAGACGCGAAGAGUAGAGUCGCCGUUUAGCUGCUGUAGAACGAAGUGCCAAAACCCCUCUUCCAUUGCGAAACUGUCCCGCAGCUAAGCUUCAUCCAGCACGGCUCGGAGCAAUGCCGCAAGGAGAUUACAUAGAGCUGCACCGGAAAAGAUAUGGCUACCGCUAUGAUCACUUCGAGAAAAGACGCAAGAAGGAGGCUCGUGAGCCUCACAAGCAUUCCCAGAUUGCUCAAAAGACUCUGGGUAUCAAGGGUAAGAUGAUCGCUAAGAAGAACUACCGUGAAAAGGCCUUGAUGAAGAAAACAUUGGCAAUGCAUGAAGAGUCAUCGUCAAGGAAAAAGGUUGAUGAUGAAGUACAUGAUGGAGCUAUUCCAGCCUAUCUUCUUGAUCGUGAAAGUACCACAAGAGCAAAGGUCAUCAGCAAUACCAUAAAGCAAAAGCGAAAAGAGAAAGCAGGAAAAUGGGAUGUUCCAUUACCUAAGGUAAGGCCUGUGGCUGAAGAUGAAAUGUUUAAAGUGAUCAGAACUGGUAAAAGAAAGACCAAACAAUGGAAGAGGAUGGUCACAAAAGCCACUUUUGUAGGUCCAACUUUUACUAGAAAACCUCCAAAGUAUGAGCGUUUCAUACGACCCUCAGGCAUGCGUUUCACUAAAGCUCAUGUGACGCACCCUGAACUCAAGUGUACUUUCAAUCUUGAAAUCAUUGGUGUGAAGAAAAAUCCAAAUGGUGCAAUGUAUACAUCUCUUGGCGUCAUAACCAAAGGAACCAUCAUUGAGGUGAACGUCAGUGAACUUGGUCUUGUAACUCCUGCUGGAAAAGUUGUCUGGGGGAAGUAUGCUCAAGUGACGAAUAAUCCUGAAAAUGAUGGCUGCAUCAAUGCAGUUCUCCUUGUGUAGAUGGACAACAUGGUAUUGGGAUGUUUAAUUCUCGGUGCUGAAAUUCCUGCCUUCAUAUUUAUAUUAAUAGUUUGCUAUCUUGAAUUGGUUUUACAUUUUUGAGCCUUGUGGGACCUACUUUUAUGUACACUUGUGAACUGUUUACAAUAGUAUGAAGUAGCCAUUGAUUUGAAGAGAUUUUUCAUACAAGAUUUUUACAUGUAAACAGUAAGUUUGUCUAUCAGCCACUAGUAGACAAGUAGUAAAUGAAAACAAAAUAGGUUCAUGAUUUUAAAUUAAUUUGUUUGAUUUUAUCCGUCGUGUGACUCGUGUCAUUGUCAAAAUAGGAAAUUAUGAUUCCAAAGGCAAAACUUUUAAAUUCUUUAAAUGGCUUUGUAGUUCUCUUGUUUGUUGAACUUAUUUGUGGCCUGCUGCCAAAUGCCAAUAAUACUUUUAGCCCAAGAUAAUAAACUAAUAAAGUAGAAACUCGGAAAGUUUUUCACUUUCUCUUAAGGUAUCUAAUUCAUUUUGAAUCCUUGAAUAUUCUCUGCAGUUCACAGCAAUAAUUUUAAAAUUUUAAAAACGUGAAAUUUCUUGUCAUUAAGGUAUUGUUUGCAGAACAUUAAAAAAGUCCUUUUCCG